ACUUGAGCCAGUGUGUCUAUAAAGUCACACCAGAAUGCCAAACAAAACCACAGAGUCAAUCUUUUGCGAAAUGCAACGUCCUGCCAAGCCGCUGUUUGCCGACUGGCUCAUCCAGCAAGUACAGACGGGUCGGUACGAGGGUCUGUGCUACGUCACUCCGAACAAGAUCCGAAUUCCCUGGAAGCACAACUCGCGGAAGGACUGCAAUGAUGUCGACACGCAACUAUUUCAUGACUGGGCGGUGGUCAGCGGUAAAAUCCAUGAGUUCCCUGACAAUAAGGCCAGAUGGAAAACCAACGUCCGCUGUAACCUCAACAACAUUACAUGUUUCAAAAUGAUUGAAGAUAACUCCAAGUCUACCAGUCCUCAUAAAAUCUAUGAGAUAAUCAACACUAAAGAAAACACAUUAACCCAAGACCCAAGUGAGGACCUUGACUGUGACCUGUACACGGCUGCCCCGCAGGAACACGUUGUCAAUAAUUCUAUGGUUGUAGAAUAUGGCAGCCAUCUGACAGGAUAUCAAAAUCCAGAUUGGCCUCCAUCUAUUAUUGAACUGGAAGUGUCCAUCUACUACAGAAAUAAACAAAUGCUUAAGACCAAAGUGAACCAAACCUGUCUACAACUCCACUACCUCCACGAGGCUCCUGAAACUACUACACUAAACUAUUCACUCCGUUUCCCCACCACUGAAGGCCUCCUUGACAAAAAACAGAUUAGGUACACUGAAAACAUCCUGGAGAGCAUCCAGAGAGGAAUCGUCCUUGAGGUGUGCCAGUCUGGCAUUUAUGCAACCAGGCAGGACAAUUGUCGAGUCUUUGCCAGCACUGACAACCCCAGCAUGGUUCCUGCACAGCCCAGAAUUCUACCCCAAAAUAAGACCGUGGAACUCUUCAGCUUUGAAAAAUUUGUAGCCGAACUGGAACAAUACCGUGAGAACAACGCAAGCUCUCCCAACUAUACCAUCACCAUGUGUUUUGGGGAAAAGUUUCCUGAUGGGAAACCACUGGAGAAGAAGCUUAUUUCUGUCCAGGUGGUCCCGCUGAUCCUCAAACAUUACUACGAGAUGGCCCAGAAAGAGGGAGCAUCUUCUCUUAACAGCACCAAUGUCAGCCUUCAAUUCUCUCACCUUAGCUUGUUUGAUUUUAUUGCAUCUAAACUCAGCCCGCCACCAACUGAGUUCCACCAAUAACAUUUUUUUUUAGCAUUUGAAAAUUAUAUUAAAGUUAAUAAAUGUACUUGUAUUGUGAAUGACUUCAUUUUUCAGUUACUCCUUAUCCAUAAAUGUUGCACACUUAAAA